GGCGCCGCGCUCCUCCUCUUCUCCCUGCUCCUCCCCCGGGAGGCUCCGGGCUGUCGCACGUGCCGCCGGACUCAGGCUCCUCCCCUCCCUCCCCCUACGUGGGAGCUGCGCGCAGCUGCCUCCCUCUCCGCCAGCUGAGAUGGCGCUCGACCCCGCAGAGCAGCAUCUCAGACAUGUCGAAAAAGAUGUUUUAAUCCCUAAAAUAAUGAGAGAAAAGGCCCGAGAGAGAUGUUCUGAACAAGUUCAAGAUUUUACCAAGUGUUGCAAGGACUCUGGAAUCCUUAUGGUAGUAAAAUGCCGGAAAGAAAAUUCUGCAUUGAAAGAAUGUUUAACUGCUUACUAUAAUGACCCAGACUUUUAUGAAGAGUGCAAAAUGGAAUACCUGAAGGAAAGGGAAGAAUUCAGAAAAACUGGAAUUCCUAGCAAGAAAAGGCUGCAGAAGCUUCCCACAAGCAUGUAGGCAAAUAUUCAAAUAAUAUCCAAUAACUCUAAUUGUGGAAAUCACAAUCACCUGAAAUAAUGGACUUAAGGAAGUUUUAUUUGCUUUAUCCCAAAUUACGGAAUAUUAAUUCUAUGUGAAAUAAAAGAUUUUUGUUUAAGUUCCAAA